AUGGGUGUGUCCAUGUCUGCUUUAGGCAAAUUAUGUCAAAAACUUUCUACUCAUGUUAUUAUUCCUGCUGUUAAUAAAACAAUAACUAUAUCAAAUCGAUGUUAUACAAUUGAACAAUGUCAUAUGAUACUUACUAAUAAUGAUCAUAAUGAUCAUAUCAUUAAUUUAAAACGAAAUAAUUAUAGUUCAUCAUUAAUAUUCUCAUCAAAAUUUAAAAUUUUAAUUAAUUAUGAUCGUUAUAAUAAGAAAAUUUUCGUUUCAUUAAUAUCAAAAAAUGAAAUAAUAAAUACAACAAGUCUAUCAACGAAAGAUUGUUAUAGAAAUAAAAAAGAACUUGUCAAACGUAAUAUACCACAACAAUAUCGAUCAGAUCCAUCAACAUCAUUAGUAGUAAUUACAUUUAAUUCAUCAUCAUUUAUUGAUUAUCGUCAUAGAGGAAUUCUUGAUUUUCCUUUACGUUUAUCCGUACGUUUUCGUACAUUAGGUAGAAUAUCAAAUGGUGUUCUACUUUCUUUAACACAUCGUAAAUCUUUAACAUCAAUACAACCAUUUAUUAUAAUUGAACAUACAAAUGGUAAAAUCGAAAUUACUAUUCUUCAAGUAGAUAAAAAAAAUGCAUUAUCAACUGUCAGUACUGCACAAUGUGGUAAAAAUAUAAACAAUGAUAAUUGGCAUUGGUUACAAUUUGAAAUUGAUCAAAAUGGAAUAUUUAUACUUAAUGUUGACGAUGAUAGACGAACAUCACAAGUUCCAAGUUAUGUUGUAUCUAGUUGGAAUAUAAAUGCAUUAUUAGUCGGUGAUACACGUCGUUUUAAUACUGAUAUAUUUCAACCAUUUAUUGGUUAUAUGAGUGAUCUUGUAUUUAAUGAUGAAUAUUUAUUUUCGAGUUUAACAACACGAAAAGAACAAAUUCAACCAUCAUCAUUUCAUUCUCACAGUCAACAUAUUACGAUUGGUUAUCGUAUAGCAUUUUUUAAUUUAGUUACAAUAGAUACUCAAACAUCAUAUAUAGCUUUUUCGGAACGUGAAAGUCAAAAUAAAAAUCAUGGCAAACUUGAUAUUUAUUUUCUAUUUCGUUCAUAUGUACCUGAUGGUAUUAUAUUAUAUCGUUAUGCACAAGGUUUAAAUGAAUAUUUUGCUAUUGGUUUAAGAGCAGGAAUACUUGUAUUAUUUAUUGAUUUUGGUUUUGGUAAACGACAAAUUGUUAGUGAUGAAUCCACAAAAUUAUCCGAUGGAAAAUGGCAUGAAGUACGCGUAACAAGACUUGGAACUGAUAAAAUUGAAUUAAUUGUUGAUAAUCGUGUCAAUCGUUCGACAUUAUCAACGAAUGGUAUUCGAAAUGCUGUUUCUCUUCAACCUGUACUUUAUGUUGGUGGUAUACCUAAUAGUAAUACAAUCAAUUUAACUGGUUCUGGUCUUAAUUCGUAUGGAUUUCAAGGUUGUUUAUCAAGUUUUAUUGUUGAUGGUCGUUUACUUGAUUAUCAAACUGCAUUAGUACUUCAUGGAAAAGUUAAAAUGAAUAUUUGUUCAGAUUUAAAUAAACUUUGUUAUGAUUUUACAUGUCUUCAUUCUGGUAUAUGUACAUCAAAUGAAAAUGAUGGAGUUAAAUGUGAAUGUACUGAGACAGGUUAUGUAGGUGAACGUUGUGAUAAAUUACCAAAUGGUUUUUAUUUUGGUAAACAUGAUUCUGUUGGUAUGCUUGAAUAUGUUAUGAGUUCAGCACGUCAAAUUGAACACGAUACAAUUACAUUUGGUCUUCAAACAUCAUCAAAGUCAGCACAAAUAUUUCGUUUAGAAUCAGAUUCAAAUAUUUAUAGUCUGGAAUAUGAAAUAGUACAAGGACGAUCAUACAUAAAAUUAAAUUUAGGUGAAAAACAACCGGAUGUUUAUUCAGCUAUAGCUCAUGUAACUGAUGGAGUAUAUCAUGUAAUUAAAAUAAUUCGAAAAUUAUCAGCUAUUGAAUUAUAUGUUGAUGGUGUUAAGAUUACAUUAACAGGAGAAAAUAAGCCAAUAUAUUCUUCAGAUCAACGAAUUUAUUCUACACAACGACAAAUAACAAUUGGAAGUUUUAAAAAUACUUCACAAUGGAAUGGAGUUAUUGCUGGUUUAUCAUUGAAUCGUCAAUCAAUAUUUGAUAGUCUUGGUAAUACACUUAUUCGAUCAGGUGAUGUCGAAGAAGUUUAUCCUAAUCAAUAUCUUGGUCAAUUCAAUUUAACUAAUCUAUCUGAUAUAUUAAUAUUUUCAACUACUACAUCUUUAUUUACUUCUAAUAAUACUCAAAGUAUUACUUCUAUAUUAAAUUCAACAAUUGAUACAUCAACUAUUGCAAUUGCUGAUUAUAUACAUCAUGCUGAACCAAAACCAAGAGUUAAUAUUAUAUCACCAAUACCAAUUGAACAUCGUGGAACAUUAAUACAAUGGUUUUCACAUCAAAUAACACGUUUUGGUAUUCGUGGUUUAUUAAUUGGUUCAAUAAUUAUUGCUUGUUUUCUUUUAUUUCUUCUAUUUAUAUUUAUUCGUUUACAUUGUACUAAUCGUAGUACAAGAAGAAAAAAUCUUUCCUAUACAUAUAAUGAAACCAAUGGAAAAACCUAUUCACAUUUAAAUCAACAAAAUAAACGUUGUUCAAUAUCAUCAUCAUCAGCUGAUAGACGAGAUUCAAAAAAACAUUUACCAAGAUUUUUACGUUAUUUACAUACAAAUGAAACAAAACCAACAUCAUUUCGUUUAUCAACAAAUAAUAAUGGUGGAGAUAAUUAUCGUUUAAUAUCAUCAAUCAAUGAAAAUAAAACGAUACCAUAUCGUAAUUCUGAUUGUGUUUUAAAUGAACAUUGUUGUAUACAUUCAAGUUUAUCUCAACCAACAUCAUCGUCUUCAACAUCAAUGUAUCAUCAAGUUAAUCAUUUAAUGUCAUCAAAUAAUGAUUUACCAUUACCAAUACCAUUAGCAAAUCAUACACAAUCAUCACAUUCAUCAAAUACAACAACAACAACAACAUUACGUUCAUUAAAAAAAGAUGCAGAUAAUUCAAGUGCACAAACAUAUUCAGCUGUUUAUUCAUGUGAUCUUGCGGCUAAUUUAGAUAUUGAACAAGAUCUUUUACAAAAACGUUCAUCAAUAAAACGAAGAUCAAUUUUAAAAAAUAAUCAAUCAUCUGUUAUUCACACAAAAAUGUUAUUUCUUUAUGUUAAAAAUCUUGUUGAUUGUUAUGCAUUACAACCAAAUAAUAAUAAUAAUAUAAAUAAUGAACCAAUUCUAUUAGCUACAGCAAAUGAAAAUCGUAUACAAUUAUCACAUGCACUUACUGGAAGUUUUCAUUCUCAACUACCUAUAUCAUCAGUUGGUUCUUGUCAUGAUAUAUUAUUUUCUUAUGAUGGUCAAUUUCUAAUUGGACUUUUCUAUGAAGUUUCAACAAAUAUUAAUCCUUAUGCUGUUAAAAUUUGGUCAACAGAUAAUUAUACAGUUCGUACAAGUCAACAUCCAAUAAAAUGUUCCGUAGCAUUAACAUCUCGAAAUUCAUCAAUACUUUAUAUGGCUGGAAAACAAAAAUAUGGUCGUGGUAUAUCACUUGGUUUACUUGAUAUUAAUUCCUGUAGUCUUACACGUGAACUUAAAUCUGAUCCUGAUACAUCAAUUGGUGAUGAAAUACGACGAAUUAUUUUAACUAAAAAUGAAUCUUAUGUACUUGUUGUUUGUACAGAACAUACAAGUCCUUAUACAUGUUUUGUUGUUUUUAAAUUAGAACCAAUAUCAAUAAUAGAUAAUGAACAAAUUUUAUCAACAACAACAUCAGAAUCAACAAGUAAUUGUACAAUGAUUUUAACAAGAUUUAAUUGUGAUCCAAAUAAUACAUUUCCAAUAAAUGAUUCAAAUAAUAAUGAUAAUGAACAAAUUUUAACUAUUUUACAUACAAAUCAAAUUAUUAUUUGGCAAUUAUAUGAUGGAGAAAUUUUAGUUAAUUAUGAUUUUCAUCAUUUAAAUUUAGAUAAUAAAAUACAACAAAUAUAUAGCUGUCAAAUGAGUAAUAAUCGUUUAUUAAUACAUAUGGAACAAGGUAUAAUACAUAUAUGGGAUGUUACACCUGUUAUGGGACAAUUUACAUUAAUUUCAACGAUUUCCGAUCCAUUAAUUCAUUCAAUUAGUUGGCUUGAUCAACGACAUUUUCUUUCAGUUGAUAAGACUGGUCAACGUAUUCGUACAUGGAAUAUUCAUCGUAAAGAUGUUAUUAAUGAAUUAAUAUCUUCAUUAGAUUCAAUACAAUCUUUAUAUGUACAUUUAAUAACAAAUGAUUUAAAUAAACGACAAGAAUAUCUAAUUAUUGGUAAAUCUAUUAAUGAUCGUAAUUUACUUAUAUUUGAAUAUACUCAACCACAUGAUGAAUCAUUAACUCCUUCUAUUUCUUAG